AUGUCAACCAAGAAGUCGCACAAGCCAACAAGGUCUCACCGAUCGACCCUGUCAAUCCAAAAGACCGAGAUCCUCAUCAAUGUCUACGAUCUUCUGCCGCCCGGCCACAUCUCCUCGACCCUCUGGUUCCUUGGAACCUCCCUCCUCCACUCCGGUGUCGUCAUCAACGGCCGCGAAUACGCCUACGGCGGUCAUGCACACCGAGGCAAGACGGGCGUCUACUGGACGGCGCCCCGCACCGAGCCACCCGGCGGCACCUUCCGAUGUGAGCUGUUGCACGGCUUCACGCUCGCGACACCGGCCGAGAUCGACGCCAUCAUCCGCGAAGUAUCCGAAGAGUUUCUCGGAACCGCCUACAAUCUGUUAACGAAGAACUGCAACCACUUCACGUCGCACCUGUGCCAGAAGCUGACGGGGCUGCCCGGGCCGGCAUGGCUGAACCGUGCCGCCAGCAUUGGCGUGGCUUUGCCAUGCGUGGUGCCCAAGGACUGGAUUGAGGUUCCCGAGUAUGAUACGGCAGACGGCGAGCUGGUUGAUGACGUCGACCAUGGCGGUAGUGGGCGUGGAAAUGGUGGACAGCAGGGACAAGGGGGGCGGGACAAGAGAGAGGAGAGGAGGGCGGCGAGAGAGGAAAGGAAGCGAGUUGCGAGGGAGGAAGACGAAGAGGAGCUAUUGGCAGACGAGCGGUCGAGGAUGCUGAGGAGCGCUGGAGAGUCACCUACGCUUGUGGACCUGAGGAGGGAGAGGGACAGCGAACGAGGAACAACGACAUAUAGUAUUGGUAAUGGUAAUGGUAUAGGACGUGAGGGGCAGUACCGGGACGAUGAGGAGGAAACAGACAGUGGGAAGGGGAAGGGAAAGGCGGCGGCGGUGGCUACGAGAGAUUCUGCUGGCAGAACGCUACCGCCUGCCGAGAGAGCACCGACUUCUUGUUGA